CAGACAUUAUACCCAUCUUCAACGCUUUCUGGGUUUGGGGACUGAUACCGGCUAGAGUUUCCGGCGGAAGCUCAAGUUUUCCGAUCAAUGGCUCCGACGAAGAGGAAGACCAAUGGAGAAGCGAAGCCGAAUCCUGUGACGGCGUCGCUUAGGGUGACUCGAAGCAUGGUUCGCCGGACUCGGAGCUCGGUUCAGCGGGACGGCGCUAACUCGGCAGUGUCAGCCUCCAAUCUCGUGAAGCUCGACUCGCCGGCGAAGAAUGCUAAGAGGAAGACGGCAACGGGGGCCGGGAAGAGGAAGAAGAAGGAAAAGAAGGAAGAGAAAGCGGCUGAUGGAGAGGAUACCGAAGAGAAAGCGAUUGAGGAUGGUGUUGCUGCUGAGGAUUCAAAGAAAAAAACCAUUGUCAUUGAACACUGCAAACAAUGCAAUGCUUUCAAGACAAGGGCUAUCCAGGUGAAAGAGGGCCUGGAGGGAAGUGUCCCUGGCGUAAUGGUGAUUCUGAACCCCGAGAAGCCGAGGAGGGGAUGCUUUGAGAUUCGGGAGGAAGGUGGCAAGGCAUUCAUCAGUCUUUUGGGUAUGAAGCGACCCUUUGCACCAAUGAAGGAGCUAGACAUGGAGGAAGUCAUCGCGGACAUCAUCAAGGAGAUUGAAUGAGAAAACAUUACCAGACCUAACCAAACCCUCCUCGCACAGCCUCUAAGAGGUCAGGUGAUCAGAACCCAGCAAAGCUAGCCACCAAUCCAAUCAAGAGUGCCGCACCAAAGCUGGAACCGGCACUAGGAGCCAGAGAAGAGGGCGGUUCGCUCUCACCUUCGGAUGGGGCUGGUCCAGAUCCAGCAGAGGAAUCAUCAUCACCUUUGGAUGGGGCUCGCGGAGGGGCGGUUUUCGGCGGGGGGCUGGAGUCUGAGUCGUCGUCCUCACCAC